ACAAAGAUGGCAACCGUAACUGAUGUUGUUGUCGCAUGGUAAUGGUGGAAAAAUUAUAAUCGCUGUGCUGAAUUCCGAAGUGCAAUCAUGGGGGAAAGCACUGUCACCUUGAGAACGAAAAAAUUCAUGUCAAAUCGGCUGUUAUGUAGAAAACAAAUGGUGGUGGACGUGAUCCAUCCCGGCAAGGGAUCCGUGCCCAAGACGGAGAUCCGCGAGAAGCUGGCCAAGAUCUACAAGACCACCCCGGACCUGAUCUUCUGCUUCGGAUUCCGGACCCAGUUCGGGGGCAGGAAAUCCUCCGGAUUCGCCCUCAUCUACGACACCCUGGACUACGCCAAGAAGUUCGAGCCCAAGUACAGGCUCAUCAGGAACGGUUUCGGCGAGAGGACGAGGACCGGUAGGAAACAAAGGAAAGAAAGAAAGAACAGAAUGAAAAAAGUGAGAGGCACAAAGAAAGCGAAAGUAGGCGCAGCGGCUGGCAAAAAGAAACAUUAGAGCCUGGCGAGGACCAAUGCAGCCGAUGUAUUCUUUUCUGCUUUCCCACAUAAUGAAGAUCGAGUCGUGUAUCCAGUUUUCACAAUAAAUUCAUAUAUGUACGUC